AUGCAUUGUUGGAGGUUACCAUUGAGCGUUGUCAUCAGCGUCGAUGUCAAGAGCAAUCAUCAGCGUCGAUGUCAAGAGCAACGUGGUAUUUGGCAAGGUUGUUGCCCCCACCUUACUCCGACUUCCAUGCCCAGCCCAUCUAGUUCUGAGGCUUCCUUCAUUCUUGUGGGCGGCGAAGCUAGUGCUCAUAAGAAAUCCUCGUCUGGUUCUUCUCCGUCGUACGCUCACGACUGGUCGCGUAGAGCUACGGGAGGAAAUCUGCAUAUACAUGGUCGUCACUUUGUAGACAAGUACGGUCGGGUCUGUGGGCUUAGGGGAGUCAAUCUCUCGGGAUCCUCGAAAUCACCAGCUAAUCAUGACGACGAUGUAUUCCCCGCGGAGCAUGAGACCGUGACAUUUGUUGGUCGGCCGUUCCCUUUGGAGGAAGCUCACGAGCAUUUGUCUCGUCUACGACGAUGGGGAUUUACCUUCAUUCGUUUCCUUGUUAUGUGGGAGGCUGUAGAGCAUGCAGGACUCGGGAUAUACGACACGGAAUAUCUAGACUAUAUUCGCAACCUUCUUUCCAUGCUACCUCAGUACGGCAUGAUCGCCUUCGUCGCUCUACAUCAAGACGUGUGGUCGCGUUAUUCAGGAGGAUCAGGCGCGCCAGCGUGGACAUUAGAAGCUGUAGGGUUCGACUUGCAUAAACUAGAGGAGACUGGCUCAGCCUGGUUGAAAGGCGUCAAGGGAGGAGGCCAUGUCGAAGAGGAGCAAGGCCUUUGGUCGUGUGGGUAUACCAAGCUUGCUGCGGCGACCAUGGCUACGUGCUUCUGGGCAGGGGAUGCCUUCGCGCCGAAGCUGAAGCUGAAGAAUCGGCAUGGAGACGAUGUGUCUGUUCAAGAAUUUUUACAAGGCGCCUUUUUGGAUAUGUUUGACAAUAUCGUUCGCGCCGUUGGGGAUCUAGAGGCCGUUAUUGGAUUUGAGAUGAUGAACGAACCGCAUAGAGGUUACGUUGAAUUGCAGUCUUUACAUGUUUUCGAUUAUAACACCGACCUUCAUCUUGCACAUAUGCCUACCGCUUUCGAAUCAUUCCAGCUUGGAUCCGGACAUCCAACUGAAGUUGCUGUGUAUACCCGUUCCUUUCCAAUGCCCACUCGAAAAACAUCCAGUGCUAUAUUGAAUACAGAGGGUGAGAAAGUGUGGCGCCCUGACGGUCCUUCGCAAGGCCAGUGCAUAUGGGAGAUGCAUGGCGUCUGGGGAUGGGACGUCAACAAGAAAGAAGGCGUCAUUCUUCGGGAGAAUUAUUUCGUCAAGCAUCCUAUGACGGGGCAGAAGAUCGAUUGGUACGACGACUUCUUCUAUCCGUUUAUUCGUAAGUGGGAACAAAGGAAAGUACUCUUCAUUGAAGGUCAUUCCGAACGAGGUUUUUUUGUCCCGAGUCUUUCACCCCCUGAAAAGCAAUUGUCGAACAUGGUUUAUGCGCCGCACUGGUAUGACUUGAAUGCCCUGUUCUCAAAAGCUUUUGGGGACUUCACCGUUAAUGUCCAAGGAUUGUCUCGAGGAAUGUUUCCGCUUAAAGCCUUUUAUUGGGGCCAUGCGGGUGCUAGAGAUAACUAUUCGUUACAAAUCAAGAACUAUUUAAAAAAGAAGGCCUUCACUUCUGACAAUUGGCUAUGGCAAACCAGGAUUAUGGAUGCCAUGAUUACAGGGCUGGAACGGUCAUUGGUUGGCUAUACCCUCUGGUGCUACAACCCUUCCCAUGAUGACGAGACAGGAGACAAUUGGAAUGGAGAGAGCUUCUCGUGGUUCAGUCGGAAACGGGCCCUGCCUCCGUUCUUGCUGUACUAUGAGCAGACCUGCUCAGUCGUGCGACCGUAUCCUGCUAAGACUGCUGGGAUACCCCUUCGCUUCGAGUACGAGAUGAACACUGGUUCUUUCACGUUCGAGUGGGCGAACGCAGAUUCAAAAGAGGAAACUGGACAAGCAAACCCUAGCGUUGCCUCACCGCCAAUCUCUGGGCAUCCCAUUGCCAGCGCCUGGGAAACUGAGAUCUUCAUACCCUCCAUGAUUACUGAUGGGAGAAAAGUCGUUGUCGACGGGUUGGAGCCCGGAGAUUCGUAUGUUCACGACGAGCAGCGGCAGACGCUGUUCAUCGUUACGGAGAAUCGCACUGCAGGAAAGAGGCACAAGGGUGGAGGUGUACGUUGA